CAGCCGGUGCUGCGCUGGAAACCCGGGUUCUCCCGGAAGUGGCCGGGACCUCUCUGUCGGGGUCCCCUCUGUCCCGCUGCUGCUGAGGGCCGCGGGGGCGGAGGCGAUGGCGGAGGCGGCGCUGCUGCUGCUGCCAGAGACGGCGGCGGACCGGGACGCCCGCGAGAAGCUGGCUCUCUGGGAUCGGAGACCAGACUCGACGGCGCCGCUGACCGACAGGCAGACCGACUCGGUGCUGGAGCUGAAGGCGGCGGCGGAGAACCUGCCGGUGCCGGAUGAGCUCCCAAUUGAAGACUUGUGCAGUUUAACCUCCCAGUCGCUGCCUGUUCAACUGACUUCAAUAGUGCCUGAAUCUACAGAAGACAUUCUCUUGAAGGGUUUCACUUCCUUAGGAAUGGAAGAAGAAAGAAUUGAAACCGCACAGCAGUUUUUCUCAUGGUUUGCAAAGCUGCAAACUCAGAUGGAUCAAGAUGAAGGGACUAAAUACAGACAGAUGAGGGAUUACUUGUCUGGGUUUCAGGAGCAGUGUGAUGCCAUAUUGAAUGAUGUGAACAAUGCUCUUCAGCAUCUGGAGUCUUUGCAGAAACAGUAUCUUUUUGUGUCCAAUAAGACAGGAACCCUACACGAAGCCUGUGAACAGCUCCUAAAAGAACAGUCGGAACUUGUUGAUUUAGCUGAAAACAUUCAACAAAAGCUUUCCUAUUUUAAUGAAUUGGAAACUAUUAAUACAAAAUUGAAUUCUCCAACAUUGUCUGUGAAUAGUGAAGGAUUUAUACCUAUGCUGGCCAAGUUAGAUGAUUGUAUAGCAUAUAUCUCCUCUCAUCCUAAUUUUAAAGAUUAUCCUGUAUAUUUGCUGAAGUUUAAACAAUGUCUUGCUAAAGCUUUGCACCUUAUGAAGACGUAUACUGUGAACACACUGCAGACCCUCACCAAUCAGCUACUGAAAAGGGAUCCUUCCUCUGUACCUAAUGCAGACAAUGCCUUCACACUAUUUUAUGUGAAAUUUCGAGCUGCUGCCCCUAAAGUCAGAACUCUUAUUGAACAAAUAGAGCAACGAUCUGAAAACAUACCUGAAUACCAACAGCUGCUGAGUGAUAUCCACCAAUGUUACCUUGAUCAGCGGGAGCUGCUUUUGGGCCCUAGUAUUGCUUGUACUGUCACAGAGCUAACCAGCCAAAACAACAGAGAUCAUUGUGCCUUGGUUCGCAGUGGCUGUGCCUUUAUGGUCCAUGUAUGCCAGGAUGAACAUCAGCUUUACAAUGAAUUUUUUACAAAACCCACAUCAAAAUUAGAUGAACUUUUGGAGAAACUGUGUGUGUCAUUGUAUGAUGUCUUCAGGCCAUUGAUCAUUCAUGUUAUUCACCUAGAGACUCUGUCAGAACUUUGUGGGAUUCUGAAAAAUGAGGUCCUUGAAGAUCACGUACAGAACAAUGCUGAACAGCUGGGAGCAUUUGCAGCUGGAGUAAAGCAGAUGUUGGAAGAUGUGCAGGAGCGGCUCGUCUACCGAACCCAUAUCUACAUUCAGACAGACAUCACUGGCUACAAACCAGCCCCUGGAGACCUGGCCUAUCCCGAGAAGUUAGUCAUGAUGGAGCAAAUUGCACAAAGUUUAAAAGAUGAACAGAAGAAAGUACCCUCUGAAGCUUCAUUUUCAGAUGUUCAGCUAGAAGAAGCAGAAGCUAACAGUCUCACAAAAUCUGUUUCAGGUUCAACAGAAUCCCUCAAUCCUAGACCACAAACCACAAUUUCUCCAGCAGAUCUUCAUGGAAUGUGGUAUCCUACAGUUCGAAGAACUCUUGUCUGUCUCUCCAAGUUGUACAGAUGCAUAGAUAGGGCAGUGUUCCAAGGAUUAUCACAGGAAGCGUUGUCUGCCUGCAUUCAGUCUUUACUUGGAGCAUCAGAGUCCAUCAGCAAAAACAAGACUCAGGUUGAUGGACAGCUUUUCCUAAUUAAGCACCUCUUGAUUCUUCGGGAACAGAUCGCUCCGUUUCACACUGAAUUCACCAUUAAGGAAAUUUCCCUGGACCUCAAGAGAACUAGAGAUGCAGCAUUUAAAAUCCUGAACCCCAUGACGGUACCAAGAUUUUUUAGGCUGAACAGCAACAAUGCCUUGAUAGAGUUCUUGUUGGAGGGUACUCCCGAGAUACGAGAACAUUACCUUGACUCUAAAAAAGACGUAGACCGCCAUCUGAAGUCGGCCUGUGAGCAGUUUAUUCAGCAGCAGACCAAGCUGUUUGUAGAGCAGCUGGAGGAGUUCAUGACAAAGGUCUCAGCAUUAAAAACAAUGGCCAGCCAGGGAGGCCCCAAGUAUACUCUCUCACAGCAGCCUUGGGCACAACCAGCAAAGGUCGGUGACCUUGUGGCUACUGCCUAUAAGACAAUAAAAGCAAAGUUGCCUUUGACGUUGAGAAGUAUGUCAUUGUACCUAUCUAAUAAAGAUACCGAGUUCAUCUUGUUUAAACCUGUUAGGAAUAAUGUUCAGCAAGUCUUCCAGAAGCUCCAUGCUCUGUUAAAGGAAGAGUUCAGCCCCGAAGACAUGCAGAUCAUUUCCUGCCCUACUAUGGAGCAGCUGAACCUGCUGCUGAUGGUUUCCAAGUAAGCCGGCCAGUCGGGCUGUGCCUGCCCAUGGUCUGUCCCGGAGGAGUGGCCCGAGAAGUCUGGCGGCCUGCAGGACACUGAGGAAUCGGAUGUGGGAACAGCCUCGAGGACCACACAGGAGUGCUGCUCAGUGCCGGCUACAAAUGCAGUAUAAGCAAAGUGGUAAAAGAUCGCUGUUUCCCAUUUCAGAACAUCAAAAUGCCAAAGAUUGAUUGACGAGCGGUGGUAACUGCCCCCUUGAAUGGUCCCAAGAAGUGUGUGAGAGAGGUCGCUAUGGCAGGCACACAGUGAAAUGUUUCUUCAUGAAAGAUGCGCAAUGAAAGUGGGUUACCCUAAGUGAAGUUUGCGAAAAGACAGCUAAUUAGAAAGCUUCGAAGAGCCGAGGUUGCUAACGCAUGAAACCCUGCACCACUUUGAACCAUUGAGCAUUCCACAGUGACGUUUUUACUUCCAGAAAUGUUAUUUCUACACUCUAUUUAAUGUGAUGUUUCUCCUGUCAUUUUUGAAGCUUAGUUUGGAGUAGGUUGGUUGCUUGCGACAACACAGUUUUGCUUUCCUGGGAACUCGGCAUGUUAUCUUUCUCCAUGUCUGACAUGAGGUGGUUACAGAAGCAAGAACCUCAUCUAAGGCCCCAGUAGCUGUACUCCCUGAGUUGCUUAGGUGCAGAGUGUUCAAAGGCAGUAGCCACGUGCAGUUCUCUGGUGAGGAUCUCCAUGGUACGCCAGUCAGUGCUUGUGAGUGGGAAUUACCAGUGCAGGUGUUCUUACCUUGGGCCCAUAAAGCAGAGAAGGAAAGCCGGUGAGUAGCGCAUCUCAUGGAUGCAGGACAGGGCUGGCAGACGGCUGUACGCGGCCCUCGUUUUCAGGAGUGCUUUGCAGAGUGAAUGCUUUCAUGUCCUGUCUGUCCAGCUGGCUGAGCUGUGCUGUGCUGCGUCCCAGCCUCGUGGAUCUCCAGCCCAGAAUGCAUUUUAGCAACAAACACGGGCUAACAAACACUACCCACACCUAAGAACCGCCACACGCUAUCAGGGAUCACAAAAUAAAUUAUGCGCACCUGGGAAUUUUCCUACAAAUAUCCCUUUCCUGAUUGGAUAGGUUUUAUCUCCAGUGUUAUAGCAGGUGUAGCUGCUUCUUGUUUCAAAAAGAAUUCUCAGUUACUCAGACACUGGUCUGGAGGAGGAUAUUGCCAAGGGCUCUGGGACAGGGCCAGUGACCUCGGAAGUACUUAACAGGUGGUGCCUGUAACUCAUGAGACAAGCCGGUAGCUGCAUUUCUCAGCCUUGAAAGAGGCUGCUUUGAGUGUGCGGCUGGCUUAAGUGUCCUGAUGUCUGUCACUUGUAACGGGUCACUUGUUUCUCAACUCAGUUUAAGUUGGUGAUGGACGUUGUUUGAUAGAGCUUAUUACAACCGUUUGGGGAAGGUAUAAGGUGAGAGGGUCCAUAUGCAGUCUUUGCCAUGAAAUGAAUGAAUUAGGAAGAUUGUAUUUACUUCCACUUACUGUUUAAAAUACAUGUUUAAUGAAAUGAACUGUAAAAUACCAGUUUUGUGUAGUAUAUGUACAUUUGAUUUUUAAAUAACCUUUCCAAAGAAAUGUGGGUUUGAUUAUUGUACAGUACUGUGACUGGUUUUGUUUGAUGUACAGAGCAGAGUGUGUUCUUAAAUAUAAAAGUAUUUAACAGCACUUGUUCUUGUGUUUUGGUCUUAAGUUUCUGAAACACUCAAACAUCUUAAAAAGUGCUGAGUAGGUAGUAGUGAUCCAACUUGUUUGCUAAAUGACUAUUUGUUUAAAUCUGUACAGUUUCAAGUAUUUCCUUAUACAAAGAGUGUAUAUACUUUCAAAUAAUUUAAAAUGCUUUAUAUUAUUUGGCUAGAAAUUGCUGUUUUUAAUAAAUGUGAAUUUUUUUAAAAAUAAAGAUUUUUGCUUUCUA